CCGCUCCGCUCUGCACACAUGGUCGACAGAUCUAUUUGCAGAGCGAGCUGCAGUGAGAAGCUUUGUCCUCCUAGGGGUUUUCGAGCUCGUGUUUGCGUCGCGCUCCAAAAUUCGUUAACGGUGAACAAUGUAGCAGCCGACGACGGCGACGUUUCAUCACCGGGAGGACAUUUAAAACGAACCCCCACCGGGACCGCUCGCUGAACGGAUGCUAAAUCUCAUAAUUUCAUUGGAGGUCAUCUUAACCUGAAAUCCCCCUUCUCAUUGGGAUCUAGAAAAGAGAAUAUUUGAUUCGUGGAUAUUUUGUCGGACAAAUCUAACCGCAAUGUAACGGCAUUUUUAGAGUGGUAAGCUGUCUUUCUAAGAGUGGAUGUCCGUUAUUGUUCGAUGAGAUGUGAGAGAGUUGUCGUGAUUUCUGCUGCAGUCCUGCUGGUUUAGCCUACAUGGGCUGUAGAAGGAACAAUAGCCUACAAUCUGUGGCCGAAUAGGUCGUUUGGUGGUGCGACCGCUAGGUUUCAGUGGAUAAGUGUUCACAUUGCAAAAUGAGACUUGGCUACAUUCACACAUAGUUUGGAGCAGAAUAUGGAUUUUUCUGUCGUCCUGGCUCAGAGUUGGGAAUGCGGUAAUGGAGAACCGGAAUAAUCCAAUACCACCAAUACCACUCGUGGCUGGAAGAAACUAAUAGACCCGUGGGAACGAGAAUGUUGCCGGCCCUGGAAAUUGUAGCCUGCAACACCGUAAAUCAAUCAACGACCGACUGAGUAAACGAAUUAUUGUUGAUUUGACCGUGGCGUCGGUCGACGGUACCAUAAAACAAACCGUCAAUAACGGAUAAUCGUUAUUUGAAUUGAUGACGGAAUCACAUCGAUGAUAACAACCCACUCGGCGCACCACACUACUCCACGCUCAGAAGAGAAUCGUAGCCUAUGCGUGGGCGUUGUAAGCAGUGUUGUUGACUGGAGAGGACACAUAUUUCGGGCUGACAGAUUGGUAGUGACACCGGCGGGUCUGUGUGUGAGAGAGCAUGGCAGCGGUAGUAAACUACUCUCCCCCAUGGUGGGUCAACCUUCUCCACCGCCUCCCCCACUUCAACCUGCACUUUGAGACGGUCAGCAGCGACUUCAGCCCCGAGGACUCAGAGUACCAGAAGUCGGUGCUGUUGCUAGGCGGAAUAGCGUUGGUGUGUCUGGCUCUGGACCUCCUCUUCCUCCUCUUCUACUCUUUCUGGCUGUGCUGCCGACGCCGCAAGAACCAUGACGACACACACUCUCACUCACACACACACCAGCCCCCCAACCCUGACUGCUGCUGUACCGCCUGGUGUGUCAUCAUUGCCACGCUCGUUUGCAGUGCCGGCAUUGCCGUGGGUUUCUAUGGAAACGGGGAGUCAUGUGACGGAGCCAACCGACUGGCGUAUUCUCUACGGCACGCCAACCGCACCGUGGCAGGGGUCGACAAACUGGUGACGGACAGUGCCCUGUCUCUGAACCAGACAGUGGAGGGAGGUCUGGUCCAGUUGGAGACGGCCUACUCUGAACAGACUGACUAUGUGUCUAUCGUCCAGAAGCUCCAGGGUCAGCUGGAUGAACUGGUCAGACUCAUGGUGGACAUCCCCUUCUGGAGUAACUCUGAUAUCUCACUAGAAGACCUGGCCAUCAAGACUGAAGCCUUUGACUGGUACAGGUGGCUGGUAUACCUGACUCUGCUGCUGUUUGAUGUUCUGAUCUGUCUGCUGGUUCUGUUCGGACUGAUACGCAACUCUAAAGGCACUCUGAUUGGGGUGUGUUUGUUGGGUGUUCUGACUCUCAUCAUCAGCUGGGGGUCUCUGGGACUGGAGCUGGCAGCUGCUGCGACGGCCAGCGACUUCUGUGUUUCCCCGGAUACCUACAUCACCAGGGUAACCAAGGAGAACGCUGUCAUCAACCAAGAUAUCCUGCAGUAUUACCUGAGGUGCAGCAGUGGCCAAUCAAAUCCUUUCCAGCAUAAGCUGUCUGGCAGUCACAAAGCCCUGGUUGAGAUGCAAGAUGACGUGGCAGAACUACUACAGUCAGCUAUAAGGGAUUACCCCAACACCAAGGGGACUCUGGAACAGAUUCAGACUGUAUUGAACUCUACGGAGGUUGGCCUUCAUCAACUCACCGCUCUGGUCGACUGUCGCAGCCUGCACAUGGACUACGUCCAGGCUCUAACAGGGUUGUGUUAUGAUGGAGUGGAGGGGCUGAUCUACCUGGUGCUGUUCUCCUUCGUCACAGCUCUCAUGUUCUCCUCCAUCGUCUGCAGUGUGCCACACACCUGGCAGAGUAAGAGGACGGAUGAUGAGGAUGGAGAAGACGAGUCUGCUGCCCAAGGCAAUCGGGGGGCGGGUCCUCAUGAUAACCUGUACCGCGUGCACAUGCCCAGUCUCUACAGCUGUGGUAGCAGCUACGGCAGCGAAGCUAGCAUCCCCGCUACGGCCCACACUGUCAGCAAUGCCCCUGUCACUGAGUACAUGACCCAGAACGCAAACUUUCAGACCCCCAGGUGUGAGAACACGCCUCUGAUUGGCAGGGAAUCCCCUCCACCCUCUUACACCUCGAGUAUGAGGGCCAAGUAUCUGGCCACCAGUCGACCGGACCAGAACCGACGGUCAGUCCCCAAUGACCAGUUGGACCCGGCCAGCCGACCACAUCCCCUCACCAGACCACAGUCAUCUGUCCACUAGAACAUUCCAGAACCUACCAAAACCUUCUAGAACCUAUUAUAACCUACCAGAAUCUUCUAGAAAGAACUCAUCAACCAAAAAAGAACGGGAACAGACCAGAACCAAUUUUUCAUUCCACUAAAGAACCACAACCCACUAGAACUACCAACUCCUUAUAACCUGUUGACACAGUAGUCCACUUAUAGAACCAGAAGCACUAAGGAUCAUAACCACCUCCUCAGCCCAUAGGAACCACUAAAAGAAUACUUCUCAGAUUCACCUGAACAGACCACAGUGGGUUGAAAAGCAGAGCCAACCAACGGACCAACCAGCCCAACUCACCAGAACAGAACCUCAACUCAUCAGCCAACCAACACCAACCUACCUAGACUCCAGAAGAUCACCAUGAACCUUGUAGAUCCCCACCCCCCCGAUCCCCACCCCACCUCAGCUCCCCUACAACCAUCCCACAGUCCCACUCAGCUCUACACCAUCUCAAACUGGAUCCUCCAGCUCUUUACUAAGUAUACUGCCCUCUGGUGGUGACUGCUGGUAUGAGCCACACACACACACACACACACACACACACACACACACACACACACACUGUAUAGAACUGUAAAUAGUGAAAUAGUAUGAGUUACAUUCUGGAGGAAGACUCAACUGAAACAUGGUGGUAUAUAGAUGUAUUUAGAGUGUGUGUUUCCAAGGACUGAGGCUGUAUCACAUUCUAGGCCACACACACACGCACACCUGUACGUGUGUGUGCCUCUCUCUACUCUACCUGCCUCUGUAAACAACCCUCCUGCCAUCUAAUCUACCAAGCCACUAGGACACAGAAUCUGACUGCAAAACGGCCCCUGCACUCUGCAAAACGCUCCAACAUUCCUGUAACAUCUGGUGUUUUUAACUUUACUGCAAAGGGCUGUUGUGCAGACAGACCAUGUGGCCUGAAAGUGAUUCAGAAAGCCAUGUUGUGGAGUAACCACUCUCUGUGAUGUCUGAAUUAAACUGUAGGUAGAUUUAGCCACCACUGUACAGCAGUGACGUGUUACAUUUAGCCUGUGUAAGAGCCACGUUAACUAACUACACGUAUGACUACAACUUGAAUCGUGUGCUCUCUUGAGUGUGUUCUCUGUUCUGUGUGUGUUUGCGUGCGUCUAACGCACAUGUAAAUAUGAGUCCAGGACCGAACGGAACAUGGUGAAAUUCCAAACAUUCUGAAAUCAGAUUCCAGAGAAAGAGUUUGCAUUCCCGAACUAACUCUGGGACUGAAUGAAAAGACGAAAGGGCAUGGGAGAGCUCACCUGUGGGCUCAUAACUCUGUAUAAUGAGGGAUAUUGAACUCUCCUAAACUAAAGGGCAUGGGAGAGCUCACCUGUGGGCUCAUAACUCUGUAUAAUGAGGGAUAUUGAACUCUCCUAAACUAAAGGACAUGGGAGAGCUCACCUGUGGGCUCAUAACUCUGUAUAAUGAGGGAUAUUGAACUCUCCUAAACUAAAGGACAUGGGAGAGCUCACCUGUGGGCUCAUAACUCUGUAUAAUGAGGGAUAUUGAACUCUCCUAAACUAAAGGACAUGGGAGAGCUCACCUGUGGGCUCAUAACUCUGUAUAAUGAGGGAUAUUGAACUCUCCUAAACUAAAGGACAUGGGAGAGCUCACCUGUGGGCUCAUAACUCUGUAUAAUGAGGGAUAUUGAACUCUCCUAAACUAAAGGACAUGGGAGAGCUCACCUGUGGGCUCAUAACUCUGUAUAAUGAGGGAUAUUGAACUCUCCUAAACUAAAGGGCAUGGGAGAGCUCACCUGUGGGCUCAUAACUCUGUAUAAUGAGGGAUGUUGAACUCUCCUAAACUAAAGGACAUGGGAGAGCUCACCUGUGGGCUCAUAACUCUGUAUAAUGAGGGAUAUUGAACUCUCCUAAACUAAAGGACAUGGGAGAGCUCACCUGUGCCAAAAUAACUGAAUAUUGAGGGAUGCUGAACUCUCUUUAUCUUGUCAUUCCUUUUUUUAGUUCCUUAAUUCUCAGAAAGGGAAAAUAAAUCCUGGAUAAUGUUGGAUCAUACGGUGAAAGACAGAGAAAGACUUUUAAAUUAAAAUGUGUUUUUAAUUUAGUUAAAACAUUUAACUUGAUAAUGAAGCAUUGGGUGCUGUGACCAACUUUCUCUUAAAAAAAAAAAUGUUUACUUCAUUUUUAUUAUUUCGUCAAACAGGGAUCUUCUUUAACGACCUCAGACUAAAGGUCACGAUGAGGUUAGAGGUCACAACCUUUCUCAAACAGGAAGUUUUUUUCUUCUUCUCAGAAGCACAAAUGAUCUUCGAGGUGAAUAUGGGAGACGGAAAAGAAGAACACCCACGCGUUGAUGUAAAGUGUGUGCGUUGUGGGAACACUUAAAGCCUCGUGAAACAUGCCUGAUCUCGCGAUAGCUCUUGUUCUGUUUCACGGUGAAGUGAAAGGAAACGUGAGCGGUGCAGCGGUCUGUCUCCUUAUCCAGGUUAUUGGCCGACCAUAGUUAGAUAGAGGACUCUCUAAAGACCCUCUUACCUUACUAGGUACUCUAUCUAACUCUAUGGGGCUGCCAGUAGUUUAUCUCUAGGGGCCGACCAUAGAGUAAGAUAGAGGACUCUAAAGUUCAAUCUUAAUUUACUAGGUACUCUAUCUAACUCUAUGGGUCUGCCAGUCGUUCUCUCUCGCUACUAUGUGCUGUGAAGUGUAUGAUGAUAAUAGUGUAGCUGUAAUCUCUCUCAUCACUCUUCUGUGUGAUGGCUCGUCCAGUGUAGUCUUGGUAUUGCUCUCUUCUCUCCUGUGUGUGCUGUCUGUACGUACAGUACAGUGGUCUGUGUGUGCGGUUGCCAGCAAAUUAAGGGUCGUUAUUAUUAUCCAAUCUUCAUCUAAGAAACACACACACACACUAACAUUCAUUGCAGACCCACACAUUGCAGACAUACACACACAUACACACACUAUUCUUUAUAUCUAGACAUUGUCCUGUGAACUGUCACUCACACACCAUAGAACUACAGUACCCAUACACCCUCACUCCUGUACAUUUGACACUGGUUAGCAUUUGCAUCAUGGGAAAUGUAGUGUAUUAACUAGAGGGAUUUCCAGUUAAAUGGGAGAAAGAUUCCAUAGGAAUGAUCGUUCAAACGAUCUUGAUUAACUCGCUCUGGGUAGAAGUUGCCUUUAACCACAGAUCUAGGAUCAAUUUACUCUCCCAUUAUCCUAAUCUUAACCAUUAGGCGGAACACAAAACAUUUCUUAGAUCAGUGUCUAGUAAGCAACUUCAUCCUACCAUGACAAGCUCAGUGUGUGUGUGUAUAAUUUACUGUGAAUGAAAGACCACUUCUCUGUCGUUUUCAGCGAGACAAUCGUUACUGGCGUGAUUCCACUCGUUUUUAAUAUUCUGCUUAUCACGUCACCAUGACAACGCUACCUAUACUACGGCGUUUGCACGACAGGAGAGGACAAAAAAAAUACUGUUGGAAACUAAGAACCAAUGGCCUUUUCUUAAACUUGUAACAAUCUAAUAACUCUUCAUAUCACACGUUUUCAUUUGUCUGUCUUCUAAAAAAUGAAUCAUAAAAAAACAAUAGCUCGCUCUUUUGUAGGCUAAUAAUAAUUAUGGCAAGAGCACCAUUUGUUUUCUGUUUUUCUUUAUAAUAAUGCUGAAUGACUGUCUUGAAUUGCAUUUUUUUUUUUUAUAAAACCGUACUGUAGACUUGUUAAUUUUUGAUGGUUGUUUUUAUGUCCCCGGCGACAACAACGGUUUACUAAGAUGAUAAUACUGUCUGUUCUAAACUGUGGUGGUGACAUUAUUGAGCCUGGAAUCCAUGUUUUAAAAACAGAAUUAAAACAACUUUAACUGA